AUGGUCUACAAUCCGCAGAGCGUAAAUGCCAUCAUCAAGGACCAACUCUAUCUCGGAAACUUGGCGGCCGCGCAGUCUGUCGAUCUCCGGAAGAAGAUUGGUAUCACGCACAUAGUUUCCGUGUGUCCCGAAUACCCAUCAACGGGCCCGAACCAUCUCGCCAUCGCCGUGCACGAUUCCGAGUAUGAGAAUUUGUUGAUACACCUCCCCAAUGCCUGUCGCUUCAUCCAAGCCGCUAUGGACAACGGUGGUAAAGUGCUUGUUCACUGCGUAAUGGGUAUUUCUCGGAGUACCACGGUCGUGUGCGCCUACCGGCGGCCGUGCGUGCAUCCAAACUACGGCUUUGUACGACAAUUACAUGCCUUUGCCGAUUGCGGGUACGAUCCUUCGCCGGAAAACAAAGCUUACAUCGCUUGGAAGCGAAGCCAAUCCCGCAAUGUCACCAACUUCUUGAAGACCGUCGUCGACACCACGCCUGUUAUUCCGGAGCAAUUGUACUUAAGCAGCGACUUUCCCAAGGACCCAGAGCAGGCGGAAGCAUUGCUUCUCGACCUGGGAAUUACUCACUUCCUUACACUGUCGCCUGCCGAGUGUGCUACCAAUAUACCCUCUGUCAAAUACCACCACAAGAACAUCGGUCCCAGCAAAGACUCGCUACUUUUGGCGCUACCGGAGAUCUGUGAUUUCAUUAACGAGGCCAUAACGAACGACGGGGAGGUUCUGAUAUAUUCGGUCGUGGAGUCUCGGGCGUGUACAGCUGCAUGCGCGUACUCUCUUCCUCUCUUCAACCCUACUGCGAACUUCUCUAAACAUCUUGAGCUAUUCAAUGCUUGCCGCUACCAUCCUACCGCCGACCAUCCCCUUGUCCGGGCGUGGAGCGGCAACGACAAACUCAAGUCCAGAAAGGCUUCUUCACCUACUCGCAGCGGGGACCCUAAGGAUCUGAAUACCAAUGCGUCGGCGCUCUCGGCCGCUGCUGCUUGCAUGUUGAGCGAAACUGGCUUUGACAUGGCUGCUUUCGGCGAGACACUGGCCAAGAUUCAGCGGCAACAUCUCGUCUGA